AUGGCGUCGUCGUCGAGCAGCGGAUUGACUUUCAAGCUACAUCCGCUUGUAAUUGUCAACAUAUCCGAUCACUACACUCGUGUUAAGUCUCAGAACAACGGCGGCGGCAGCGGCGAUGGAGGCGCUGCUUCUUCACCUCCUAGAGUAUACGGUUGCGUGAUUGGAGUACAGAGAGGACGCACCGUCGAGAUCUUCAACAGCUUCGAGCUUCUUUACGAUCCUGCCACUCACUCCCUCGACCGCGCCUUCCUCGAAAAGAAGCAAGAGCUCUAUAAGAAGGUAUUCCCUCACUUUUACAUAUUGGGAUGGUACUCUACUGGGAGUGAUGCUGAGGAAUCUGAUAUGCAUAUUCACAAAGCUUUGAUGGAUAUUAAUGAAAGUCCUGUUUAUGUUCUACUCAAUCCCUCUAUCAAUCCUGCUCAGAAGGAUUUGCCUGUCACUAUUUACGAGAGUGAGCUGCAUGUCAUUGAUGGAAUUCCACAGCUUAUUUUUGUUCGUUCAAGUUACACCAUUGAGACAGUGGAAGCUGAACGGAUUUCGGUUGAUCAUGUUGCACACCUUAAGCCAUCUGAUGGAGGUUCUGCUGCAACUCAAUUGGCUGCUCACCUUACAGGCAUACAUAGUGCUAUCAAGAUGUUGAAUAGCAGAAUCAGAGUGCUUCAUCACUACCUUGUCGCAAUGCAGAAAGGUGAAAUUCCUUGUGAGAACUCAUUGUUGAGACAAGUAUCGAGUCUUUUAAGAAGAUUGCCGGCCAUUGAAUCAGAAAAAUUUCAAGAUGAUUUCUUGAUGGAAUACAAUGACACCCUAUUGAUCGCUUACCUGGCCAUGUUCACCAACUGUGCAAGCACAAUGAAUGAGCUAGUGGACAAAUUCAACACUGCCUAUGACAGGCACAGUCGAAGGGGUGGACGAACUGCUUUCAUCUGA